AUGGGAUCACCGUUUACCGACGAGGAGAAGCGAUUUCUCCUCGCCGAGAUGAUCAAGGUUAGCAAAGUGGAUGUCCAUGCUCUCGUAGAGUUUGUCAAGGCCAAUCGCGUGGAGCAAAAAUGGUAUUCCAUCCAGGUCCCAACGGGCCGGAACCUCGAGCAAUGCUUUCAAGCUGCGGAGAGCAUGUUUGGGGCGCCCAUCUCCCCACCGAGCCUUCUGCGAGAAACGCCCUCGACCCAACAGAUGCCGUCUUCCUCCUCCACGACAGCUCUCGCCCCUCACCCUUCCCUCCCCACGGUGCCGCAACCACCAGAAGCAUUCCCGACGGAUUCCUCCCUACCUCCCAUAUCCGCAGUAACUCCCGGAGUAGCAGUGCCGCCGAAUCGAAGCUCGACUCCUCAGCAUGUCCCCAUUCAGCCGCGGCCCCCGACCACUAUUAACGGCGUUCCAAACCUAGCGUCUUCCCUCUCCGCAGAACCGCCCGCAAAGCGGCGUCGCGGCCGACCGCCUCGUCCGAAGACGCUCCAUAACCGAUCUGGGGCUGGCGGCACGAAGUCUCUCCCACCUCUGGCGCCGCUGCCCCCGUCGUCGACUGCGUCCCAACAUCUCUCAACGCCGACACCGAUUGCGCCGUUAGCAGAGAGCAGCACCCAGCGCACUCUUUCGCCUGCCUAUAGUGUGUCCGCUGGAGCGAAUUUCGAGGGCCUAUCGGCGCCAAGAGGGCAGAAACGCGGUCCACCGGUCAAGGAUGAUGAACAGCAGCACAGCACGUCAGAAGCUGCAGCGAGCGCCCUGGGCGCGCAGAGCAUGUCGUCAACCCCAAGACCAGAUAGUACACCCGGUCCGCAGCGUGAAUGGCCGCUGCAACCGGACGAGGACAGGAGCAACAGGUUGCAGACUCUGGCAAGACAGGCCACCACGCCGCCACCGCCGAGCACGACUCAAUCGCAGCAAGGGGCGAGUCCGUUAAGCGCAGCGAAAGCGACACCCGUGAGGACGUGA